AUGCUGGAAUUAAUCAACACUAGCCAACAUAGCACUCUGUUUGAAAACGUACCAGACCAGCCAAUAACAUGUAUUCUGUUCCUUGCAGGUCUUUGCCGCCGCCGUCGUUGGCCAGAGCCCCUUUACGAGCAAGUAAACGGCUCAGGCUCAGGAUACACAUGCGUCGUCCGGGUCAAUAACCGCGAAUACCAAACCGAUGAAGUCUGCCAGACUGAACUGCUUGCUCGUGAGAAAGCUGCCAUGCGAGCUUAUCUGAUCUGCAGAAACUUCUCUGUUAAUGACGGCAUGUACCCUGCCGGCCAUGACCACGGUGGUGUCGUCCAGGGAAUACCCGUUGCAAUUGGCAAAGACCGACGGCCAAGAUAUGGGGAUGACACCGACACGUCCACCACCAGCAGCGGCGACAGUCGGAGUGGAGGGAGCAGCCCGGAAAGCUAUGAGAGGAAGUGGAGGUAG